AGUUUCAUGAAGGUGAACAGUUAAACUAGCACACCAUGGCAGUUAGCAGGGCGUGCUAACGUUACAUCAGAGCUAAACUCGUUAUCACUCAACCACAUAUGACUGUUGGGUGGGAGCAGCCUUUAAAUACCGGUGCUGUCAAAGCUGGCCAGCGAAUACGAACAGAACUUUAGCACAGACGGGCUUCAGGUGGAACCGGGCCGCUAAACCUAUUACAUUUAGACAGAAAGGAAAUGCAGACUGUCGUGAAACAAAACUAUCAUGAGGAGACCGAAGGAGACAUCAACAAGCUCAUUAAUCUGAAACUCAACGCUUCCUACACCUUCCUCGCCCUGGGUAUGUAUUUCGACAGGGAUGAUGUUGCUUUGCCACAUUUCUCCAGGUUUUUCCUGGAGCGCUCGGAGAAGGAGAGAGAACAUGCUGAGAAGCUGCUGGGAUACCAGAACACCAGAGGAGGUCGCAUUUUGCUUCAGACUAUCGCUAAACCAAAUAGAGAGGACUGGAGAGGUGGUCUGGAUGCAUUGUCCUUUUCCUUGGAAUACCAGAAGUCCCUGAACACAUGUAUCCUCGAUGUGCAUCGCAGAGCUGGUAGCCACAAUGACCUACAUCUGUGUGACUACCUGGAGCAGGAAUUUCUCAUCGACAGCCACGAUGCCAUCAAAAAGCUGGGCGACUACAUCAGCAGUCUGACCCGCCUUACUGCAUCUGACCCUCAUGGAUCCAUGGGAGAAUAUCUGUUUGAUAGACACACUCUUUAAAAAAAAUGUAAUUAAACAACAACGGCAACUCCAGCCGCUGAUUAAUGUUUCCAAAGAUCAGCAAAGAGGAUUAAAGCUGCGCUUAAUUCCAUAAAGAAAACUUGACAAUAUUUGCACAUUUAACCUGAAACUCCGUUUUUUUAAAGUUUUUGUACCAAAAUUUGAACAAUAGGUCACACGUUAACUGGAAUUAGCUCAACUUUUCUAAGAAAACAAGCUUGUAAAAACGAUGUUCUCAUGAAAUUGUAGCAGAAGGCUGCCGUCAUAAUAAGCUGUUACUGUGAAUUUAAAUCACCCGUUAACAUUAAGUCUCUAUCAUGCCAUGCAUUUCAAUGUCCUGUGUUUCUCUUUCUCUGACUAAAUGCAAACCAUUUUGAAUCAAAACUGCUGAAGCAUUUUCAAUAUCUGGGAAUUUAUUGAAAUGUUUAAUAAAAUCCAAGUAUGCCUAACCUUUAAAA